UACACUUUCAAAACCGGAACUACGACUCGAGCUAAUUCUACAUCCGGAAAAACAAGUGCUUGGAUACAGUGGAAAAUUAUCAGAAUAGUGUGAUAAUAAUCUUUAAGAAUGUCUAACGAUCUUAAAAUGGAAGGGAACAUUACAGAAUUUGCUAAAGAAAUGAAAAAGAUUAUCAACAAUAAAGAACACAGUGAUGUUAAGUUCAAAAUUGGACCAAACAGAAAAGCCUUUUACGCUCACAGAUGUAUUCUAUCAGCAAGAUCAGCCAUAUUUAAAGCCUUGUUUGCUGAACAGACCCCUAACAGAGAUGUAGAGAUUCCUUUACCAGACACAUCACCAGAAAUAUUUCAGGCCAUGUUAGAGUUUAUGUAUACAAACUGUGUCUCACUUACACCAAAAAUUGCUUUAGAUACAUUUGGAGUGUCAAUUGAAUAUGGAUUAGAUGAACUUAGAAAACUUGCAGCAUUAUACCUUGUAGAAAAUCUAAGUGUACACAACGCUUGUGAGUGUCUACAAGUAGCUGUCACUUAUAGUAAUAUUGAAUUAUUGGGGGCUACUCUUAGGUUCAUAGAGGAACACACAGAGGCUGUUCUGAAGUCCAAAGCAUUCCAGGAACUUUCGGAUGAAUCUAUGAAUGAAAUUCUACAAAGUGAUAACUUACAAAUGGAUGAGAUUGAACUGCUGAAAUAUGUCAAAGAUUGGGCAACCAUUAACUCAACAGUUUUAGAAAAAUCAGUGAGUGAAGUAGCCAGAAAAGUUAUACCUAAGAUUAGGUUUUCAUUGCUCUCUCCCGAAGAGUUAGAGAAGAUAGAAAAAGACAAUAAAAAAGACAAUCUUAUUCCUAUUGAUUGUUUUAACAAUUCAUGGCGCUUCCAUGCAACAAAGAAAGGUGACCCUUCAAAUCCUCUUAUGAAGAGAAGAAAGGGCACAGAAAACAGAGAUCAUCUAAAAUACCUGGACCAGUAAAUGAAUAAUUUUCAAACUAUGUGAUAAUCAAAACUGUGUGCACAUAGAUAGCUAGACUUGAAUUUCUAAUCAAUUUUUAAGAGCUAGCAGUGUAGGGAAUAUAAGGGUUAUAAAAUUCUCAGAAAUAAUUAAAUGCAUUGUGUGCUUUUAUUAAAUUUGUUAGGCCUAUAUAGCUCCAAACAAAUUAUGUAUUAAGUUGUAUUUACAAAUCUGGUAAGCAUUAUGUAUAAUCUUUUCUCAGUUAGGCAUUGGGACAUUAGUUAUAUGUACUCAUUUUGAACUUUUAAACCAUUUCCUAUCAUUUUUUGUGCAGUUUCAUUAUAAAAGCGUAAUCUCAUUGUUAUAUCUCACUAGAUUGUUUUGAACAAUAUUCUGUGAUACAUCUUUAGUAAAAUGUGUCCAAAGUCAUUGUUGAAUAAAUUUUUAUGUAAGUUUAGAUGUAAACAUUUUUGUUUAUUUUGAAUUUUUUUCAACUUUAGUAUUGUUAAAUAAGUUUGUUUGUUGAUAAAUUAGAAAUGGUAUAUUUUACCUUUAUUUGUAACAGUUACUACACAAUUUUUAUUGUUUCAUAGUUUUAAUUUCAUUUUAUAGUUAUAUGUCUAUAGUAUAUCUUAGCAAUUUUACAACUUAGGUGCUUUUGUGUGAACCUUUUUGACUUGUAUGUGUCCACCCUUUUAUAAAGUAGGUCCGUCCAUUUUUUAUGCGAUGUUUGUGUACCUUUUGCUGUAUGUGAUAUUUUUUUAUAAUAAACAUUCCAUUAGUUUUUGUUAUGAUUUGUUUAUAUGGUGUUCACAAACAUUGUAAUAUUCAUUAUCAAAUUCAGUUUUCUUGAAGAAAUUGAUGCAGCAACAUCAUUUUUUAUUGUACCUUAUCUAAAACAUCUAAUACCUUUGAUGAGUAAAUUAUUGUUUAGAUUUCACAUCAGCAUGAACAUUUCAAACUUUUUUUUCUUUGAAGAUUAAGAUUAUAGUUGACCUUUGAUCAAAUGAGUCAAGACCAUUUAUCAUUUUGGAUUUUCUUUUUCCUCCUUUGAGAAAAAGAAGUAUGUACGCAAUUUUACAUAUCAGAUAAUAUGUACAAGGGGAAUAACUUGGUAAUAAUUAUUUUUUAAAGUUUUAUAAUGUUUAUUUAUAUUUAAAGUAUGAUGAAUGUAUCAUUAGAAACUCAUGUGACCUCACUUGAUUGUAAUAGAUAUGUUUAAAUAUAUGAAAUUUAUUUAUUAAAUAUAACAAUUCA